AUUUUUAUUAGAUAUUAAAAUGGAAAUUUUAUAUAUAAAUCAUGUGGUCGACUAAUUUCAAAAGACGAUAUGGAUUGUUACACCUGGAUUUGAACAAUAACAAUGAAUCGUUGAGUAUAAUAAAUUAAGAAAAAGUUCGUCGUUACUUAUUUCAUUGAAUACAUUGCCAAGAAAAAAAAACGGGAAAGUAAACGAUUCACGUGAAAUAAAAUAAGCAUGAUUCAAAGUAUAUGCCGUCGUUCCCGAUAAUUACAUUCUGGCUAUUACUGGAAUCCAAUAUUGCUACAAAUUGGAUAGAAUCAGGAUGAAAUGGACGCUACAAGUACCAUUCAUAAUCAUCCGGAUGUUUGUAACAUCGCGGAAUAUAUAAAAAAGAAACUUUAUUUUGCAACUUUGAAAAAUGAACGAGUGGAACCAAGAAAAACAGAAAAUAUACACUUUUUCAGUAUCGAUAACGAGCUCGUUUAUAAUAAUUUUUAUAACGACUUUGGUCCUCUGAAUCUCGCAUGUUUGUACAGAUACUGCUGCAAAGUAAACAAGAUAUUAAGCAAUCUAAAAAAUAAGCAUAAACAAAUCGUGCAUUAUACUUCGAUAAACGAAAGGAAAAGAGCAAAUGCUGCUUAUUUGAUCGCCUCAUACGCCAUUUUAUAUUUAAAUAAAACUCCGAAAGAAGCUUACAAACCUCUCGUCCUGAAAAACGAAUUAGUAUCAUUCAGACUUUUUCAAGAUGCAUCUUUGGGACCGUCGAUUUAUAAUAUUCAUUUACUCGAUUGUUUAAAUGCUGUUUACAAAGCCGCAUUAUUUGGUCUAUUCAAUUUUGAUGACUUUGAUUUAGAUGAAUACGAAAAAUACGAACAAUUUCAAAAUGGUGAUUUAAAUUGGAUGAUACCACAAAAAUUGUUGGCUUUUAUUAGCCCAAGUACAGAAAGUAAAACUAUCUAUCAUCCACCACAAUAUUACAUAAAUUAUUUUCUAAACAAUGACGUUGUUGCUGUUGUAAGAUUAAAUACAAAAACAUACGAUUCUAACAAUUUUACAAAAGCAGGAAUAUCGCAUUACGAUAUGUAUAUGCCAGAUGGUACAAUUCCACCAAAAAGAAUUCUCUAUAAAUUUCUUCGACUGGUGGAAACUACAAAUGGAGCUAUUGCUGUCCACUGUAAAGCAGGAUUGGGCAGAACAGGUUCUCUGAUAGCAGCGUAUUUAAUAAAGCAUUAUAAUAUGACAGCCAGAGAAGCUAUAGCUUGGACACGAAUUUGUCGAUCUGGUUCCGUUAUUGGACAUCAACAAGCUUGGCUAGAAAACAUACAAUAUAGUCUUAUGAAUGCGGGCCAACAAUAUAGACUUAAGUAUCGUGGGGAGAGCGACAUGAUAUUACAUCACAAACGAGGGAUAUAUUCCAUCGUUAAUAAAAUAAAGAACGAUGAACGUGACCAUCUUGAUUAUCCUAAUUGGGAUCACCGAAAUAAAUAUCCAGGAUCAAGAGAUUACUGUGACUUACCUACGAAUAAAGUAGAGAAAUCUAAAUUAUCGAAAAUAUUAGGCAAGUUACGAAAUGUAAAUAGUACGAUGAACACAAAUACAGUAUCUCACGAUCGAAAAAAGACACGUAAUAAGGAUCUAAUCAAAUGUUAUUGGAAAUUAAAUGAUCCGAACGCUUCUUCGACACAAGGUGAUAAAUUAAAUGAGAUUAAAAUAACUAGAGGAACAAAUUUGCAGAAUAUGAAAUCAGAAAUGGAAAACGAAAAUAUUUUUCCUGUUCAAACUGCCCCUUUGUAAAAAGUUAAUACAUAUUAAG